AUGGGGCUAACAUCUUCUAAACUAGUGGACUCUCUUAUGGAGGGUACAAAUUUUGACCAUGAAGAAAUUGAUCGUUUACGUAAAAGAUUUAUGAAAUUAGAUAAAGACAGUUCAGGAACUAUAUCAAAAGAUGAAUUUUUAGCUAUACCUGGUGUUGCUAGUAAUCCAUUAGCUACUAGAUUAAUUGAAACAUUUGAUAAAGAUGGUAGUGGAGAUGUUGAUUUUAAAGAAUUUAUAACAGGUUUAAGUAUAUUUAGUGGGAAAGGUUUAAAAGAUGAUAAAUUAAAAUUUGCAUUUGAGAUAUAUGAUAUUGAUAAAGAUGGUUAUAUAUCCAAUGGUGAAUUAUACAUAGUUUUGAAAAUGAUGGUUGGUAAAAACCUUGAUGAUGAUCAAUUACAACAGAUUGUUGAUCGUACAAUAAUGGAGAAUGAUCAAGAUGGUGAUGGAAGAUUAAAUUUUCAAGAAUUUAAAAGAGCAGUUGAAGAUACUGAAGUUGCUAAAAGCUUAACCUUACAAAGUUUUUGA